GACUGAGCACCUUCCUUGCCACUGAGCAUCAAACAGCCUUUUACCUGGUGCUGUUGCCAAGAGAGACAGAUCAACAAUAAGACCAUCUAGCAUUCUAAGUCCAGAGGACUGUCUGUCAACAGUUGGUUAGUUUCUAUCUACCUGCCUGAGUGUGAACAUCAAACCACAGGUUAUUAUUUUACUUAAAGACCAGUUCAUACUUCCCUUUAGUGCCUGUCUGCCGAGUGGAACUCUAUAUUAUUUUUAGUAACUAUACUAACUUGUUAAACUUGUUAAGGACUUUAUCAGCAUUUAAAAGGUUUUUUAAAGUUUUUUAAAGUUUUUAUUUUCAAAACUUUGCUUAUGGUUUAAUGUCGUAUAGCAAGAAAUGUAUGUUUAUUUCUUUAUAAAAUUGAACUACUGGAAGAAUAGGUCAUGGUUUUUGAAUAUCGUGGAAUAAUAUAUCACGGUAGAUGCUAGUCCGGAACAUCCAUAGUAUGCAAUAUUUUUUAGAAGGUUACCUGGGGAGAGUAGAUACUUGAUUUGACUGGUAUCUGUCAUCAUCAGUUGUUGUUUUGUCAUUUAGUGAAUAAAUACACUAUUAAUGUAUAAAGAAACACUUCAUGAACAGUUUAGCAGAUAUGUCCCCAUUGAAAAUAUGCAUGUUAUUUGUUUUUCAUGUUUUCUUUGGGAGUAUAUGAAAGCCAUCGUGGUUUGUUUUUUUUGUGAUUGGAGUGUCCCUUUAAUACUAAUGAUCAUUCCUAUUACCAAGAUCACCCCAAACUCUAAUCCUUCCCAAUUCUCCAAAUGUUAGGGAAUGACUGUGUAGAGUGGGCAAAGAUUAUUGGCCUCAUUGAAGUAGGUAUUUUUAAUACUGUAUAAUAUUGUACAUUCGGCAUGGUUAUGCAAUGAAUGUGCUGUUAUAAAACCAUUCACUUUAAAACUCUUGAUAUAGAAAUGUCGAGUUAAAAUGAGCCUCCCAUUAUGGUGCUGCUAUGAUAUUCCUUAGUUAAAAGCAGCGUGGCAUGUUUUUUGCCUACUUACAAAUUAAAAGGUGCAUUAACACGGUUCUGACACACUUACAUGACACUGACCGGACACACACUGGAUUCUUAUUAGAAACCCUUCCCGAGCCCACAACUCUAUCAGGUUACUUUACAGUUAUAUUAGAAUGGUCCUACAACUAGCCAUUCCAUUAAUGGAAAACAUCAUUCCCCCUCCAUUCCACAGAUGACAUUCUCACCAUGACAAACAAACUAUUUAAACCCUUUUUAGUAUCUUUGUAUCAAGAGAUGCAUCGGUGUGUAGCAUUACACGCCUACAUAUUACCUGACUUCCAAUACAGACUGAGUUUGACUCAAAGAACCUGAAAUACAGGGAAGAGGGAACUGAUUGCUUUCGGUGUUUUGGGGAAUGCUCUGGAAUAAAGGAGUUUUAGGGAGAGGUACAACCUUACCUUCAAACUUACCUUCAGACUACCUUACUCUUCCUGGUGCCACUGUCCCCGAAGCUGUCCUUAUUUGGUAUUUUCCCUUAAACUUUCUCAAAAUACCUUGGGUUUAUUUAAAAGGUUUUGACAGCUGCCAGGAAGAACAUUCUCCAUAACUGGAUUUGUAUGAGAAGCAAAGCCAAGCUAAAUUAGCUGAUGUGUAUAAAUUGAACUGAGCAGAAGCUUUCAAGAUAAGGAACACAGGGUUUUCAAUUCUUUCAAUAUUAGGAGCAGAUAAUCCUUAGACAACCACAAGAAAGCUCGUUUGCCAAGUAUUUCAAUUUGCUAAUUAGUAUUCUUUGAGAAUACUCCAUGGCCAACCUCUAAUUUGACUUGGAAAAUGGGGAUGGCUUGGACAAUCUAUAUAACAGUCUGACCUGACCGUAGUUUUUCUUUGUAACUUUGUAAAAAUAUACACCUUCACAUGGAACUGACUAUGACCAAUAUAGUGUUUUGUUUGAUCAAAAUUAUAUGUUCUUGUUUAUUUUAAAUUACUUUAAAAAUUGCAAUGUUUGGGAUGUUCAGUUACAUAAUCCAGACAACCACUAUACUCACUUUAUUCUGCUUGAAAUCCAAUUUAAAAUAUUUUUGUGGAAAAAAAAAAAUGUCUAUUAUAUAAUACACAUAUAUAUAUAUAAUUCUGUGCAUCAUAACAGAGCCACUGAUCUGUAUGCUGCUGAAUAAGGCAAUCCCAUUUUCAAAAAUAAAUUACUUUGUAGGAGUUACAUACUCUGUUUCAAGUAGUUCUCUAAUGCUUUGCAUGAGUUAAACGUGUAAUAUUUGGCAAAACGUAAAUCUCAAUCGGUAAAAAUACAUUGGUAUUUCAACAUGUGUAUAUACUAUUUUUUUUUACCAGUGUAACAGAGUUUGAUCCAUUUGUCUUUCAUGUAUAAAAUAUUACUUUGCACUGUUUGGUGUCUUUUUUUUCUGGAUGUAUGUUAUUUAUAUACGUGUCUUUACAAAUAAACAUGUUUCAAUAGUCCUUUUUUCAUUUUUCUGUUUAAUGUGACUGUAUGUCCUUUCAAAUCUCCAUAUACAUCCAUCCAUCCAUUCAUCCAUCCGUGUUUUUUUAUUUAAUGUACUCCUCUAAUUAUUAACUUGGCAAAUACAUGUUCACAUCCUGUUUUCCCAGUUAGCAGCUCACUUUCUAUCCAUUGCCUUAUCCAGAACCAGUACAUUUAUCACAAACACAAUUCAUAUCUAGUUCUCAUCUUGACAUUUCAAAAGAUUGCUUAUGGACACUCAUAACACACAUUUGGGAGUCUCUCCUAACUAAUGGCACUAUUCUGAGAAAAUAAAAUAUUUCCAUAAUGUUCUCCUUUUAAACAUUCCAAGCACCAAAACCAAUGCAGCUCGAUGUAAUGGUUAUGGUGCCAGGAGUGCCUUGGCUCCAUCCCAGUGCAAUUUGUCAAACUGUUUUAGAACAGUUUGACAACUUACCUUGGUCCCACAUUUAGAAUUCUCAGGAGAUUUCAGAUUGCAGAAGAAUCUGGUUAGCUCUACUGGGUAUAGCAGAGCCAUGCAGAGAUGUGCUGGUUGGCUGGAAGUGUCAUCCAAGCGCCCUCAGCAGACAAGAGGGGUCCUCUAUCUGCCGCCUAGCUGAAUAGAGCCAUCUGGCUUCUCCUGAAAGAAAGGACUGAUUGCGGCAUGGGCAUCAGUGGAAUGCCUUUGAGGGUUUCUGGAAUCAUUUUAAAAAUUCAACCAGACUGAGGGUUAAGACUUCAGAACCCUGAGAUGGCAUCACCAUUACUUAUCUCUUAUAUUACAUUACUUUUUUUUAAGGCUUGGUCUGUGGCUAGGGUUAGGGCCAAGACAGGAGUUCCAUUAAUCAGCCAGCGCCAGAAUAUACAACCCCCCAGCCCAGGAAUUUACCCUCCCAGGCAAUAGUUGCUAUUUGCAAUUACUGACAUUUAUUCAGCUCCUUUCCUGAUAAGGAUUUGCCUGUACCUGAGCUGGUGAGACAGAAUUGUUCUGUUUCUGUCUCCUUAGCUACUCUACCACAAUAUCAUUAUUGAGAGAGGGCUGGAUGAAAAAAGUGGAAACUGCAAAUAUAAAUGAACAAUAUAUAUAUAUAUAUAGAGAGAGAGAGAGAGAGAGAGAGAGAGAGAGAGAGAGAGAGAGAGAGAGAGAGAGGAUACAUAGCAGUGAGACAUAUACAUUGCCAUUCACUAAUAUUGGCACCAUUGGUAAAUGUGAGUAAAGAAGGCUGUAAUAAAAUUGUCUUUGUUGUUUAAUCUUUUGUCCACAAAAAGCACAAAAAUACUCUGCUCUCAUGGAUAUCAAAUACAACACAGGUUUGUAAAAAAAAAGAAAAAUAAUAAACUGGUUAAAUAUAUUUGUAGCACAGGUAUUGGCACCAUUUUAGUUAAUACUUGUGCUACCUCCCUUUACCAAGAUAAGAGCUUUGAAUCUUCUCCUAUAAUGCUUGAUGAGGUUGGAGAAUACAUGGCGAGGGAUCUGAGACCAUUCCUCCAUACAGAAUCUCUCCAGAUCCUUCAAAUGUCAAGGUCAAUGCUGGUGGGCUCUCCUCUCCAUGUCACCCACAGGUUAUUCAUACGGUUCAAGUCAAGGGACUGGGCUGGCCAUAGCAGGACAUUGAUUUUGUGGUCAGUAAAGCAUUAUUGUUUUUAUUUUGAUGUAUGUUCUGGAUCAUUGUCCUGCUGGAAGAUCCAUCCACAGCACAUUUUAAGAUUUCUAGCAGAGGCAGUCGUGUUCAUUUAAUAUCUGUUGAUAUUUGAUAGGUUGACAGGACGUUCUUAAUUAUUGCCUAAUGGUAAGAGCGGGCAUUUUCAAUGCUUUUGCUAUUUGCUUAUGUUUUGGAUCAUUGUCCUGCUGGAAGAUCCAACCACAGCUGUUGAUAUUUGAUAGGGUCUAUGAUGCCAUGUAUCCUAAUAAAAUGUCCUCUUGCAGAAAAAAAAGCCUCAGAACAUAAAGAGCAUAAACUGUUGGUAUGAGGUGAUUUUCUAUAAUGCUACCUCUCUAUGUGUGCCAAACCCACCUCUGCUGCUUGCCAAAAAACUCUAUUAUGGUUUCAUCUGACCAUACAACCCGAUCCCAUAUGAAGUUUCAGUAGUGUCUGGCAAACUGAAGAUGCUUGAGUUACUUUUUGGAUAACAAUAGAGGCUUUUUUCUUGGAACCCUUCCAAACAACUUGUGGUGAUGUAGGUGAGGUCAAUAUGUAGCUUUGGAGACUUUCUGAUCUAAAGAUGCCACUAACUUCUGCAAUUAUCCAGCUAUGAUUCUUGGAGAUUUUUGGGCCACUUGAACAAUCCUCUUCAUAGUGUGCUGAGACAAUAUUAUUAUUAUAUUUAUAGAACGCCAACAAAUUCCAUAGUGCUUUACAAUGGGUGGACUAACAAACAUGUAUUUGUAACCAGAGAAGUUUGAUGCAUGGGAACAGAGGGGUUGAGGGCCCUGCUCAAUGCGCUAACAUGCUAGACUGAGUGGGGUAAAGUGACACUAAAGAUAAGGGAAGGUUUAGGAAAUAGACACAUGUCCUCUUCCAAGUUGAUUCAUAACAUUUCCAGUUGACAGGACCUUCUUAAUUAUUGCCUAAUGGUAAGAGAGGGCAUUUUCUAUUCUUUUGCUAUUUGCUUAUAGCCACUUCCCAGUUUAUGAAGCUCAAAAGCCUUUUGCCGCACAUCACUGAUAUAUUCCUGGGUCUUACCCAAUGUGAUGAAUGAGUAAGGGAAUUUGGCCUAUGUAUUAACUCAUAUUUACACCCCCUUGAAACAGGAAGUCAUGAUUAAACUUUCCUGUUCCUAGUCACCCAGGUGUAUUAAAAAAUGUAAAAUAUCAAUGAGAAUAUACUUCAAAGAUAUUUUUCUCCUAUUAAUUCAUAAUUCAUUGUGCCACACAUAUAUUUGACAAAGGGGUAAACCUGUGUUGUGUUUGCAAUUGUUUGAUAUUCAUUAGAUCAGAGUAUUUCUGUGUAUUAUUAUUAUUUUUUUAAACAAAAGUUUAAAAUGUUAAAUACUAAAGAUAAUUUUUCAGAGCCUCCUUUGCCCAUAUUUACUAAGGGUGUCAAUAUUAGUGGAGGGCACUGUAUUGCAGGAAAAUAAUGCCAUUGAGUGUUUGUGGAGAUAUAAAGAAUAAAAUGUCUCCAUUAUCCAGGGGGUUCAUUAUUUUCCCAUAAAACACAAUUUGCAGUUUUGCAAAAUUUUUCGCCCACGCUCCUCCCCCGCACGCGCAUUAGACCUCCCCAUAGGAAAGCAUUGAAAAUGCAUUCAAUGCUUUCCUAUGGGGAUUUCAGCGAUGCUGGAGGUCCUCACAUAGUGUGAGGACGUCCAGCGACGCUAUAGCACAGAUCUGUGCUAUAAACCAGGAAGUGCCCUCUAGUGGCUGUCUAGUAGACAGCCACUAGAGGAGGAGUUAACCCUGCAAUGUAAAUAUUGCAGUUUAUGAAAACUGCAACAUUUACAGUUGCAGGGCUAAGGGUAGUGGGAGUUAGCACCCAGACCACUCUAAUGGGCAGAAGUCCUCUGGGUGCCUGGAGUGUCCCUUUAAGGUUUGUGCUAGAGCCAGGAGUAGUGUGUUAGGUAGUGAUGGGAUGGAUUAACGUUUAGGGGUAGAAUAAGUGUUAGGUUAGUAUAAUUGUUACAGAGAGUUGUUUACUCUAAGGACAGCAGUGGGAUAUAAAUGUCCUGUGCUGCUUGAGAUUAUUGGGAGUCACAGCCCAGGAAUCGGCAAUUUCUUUUCUUUCAGAAAACUCUUGUAGUGUAAUUCUCACUAAUCUUACAUAGUUACAUAGCUGAAAAGAGACUUGCGUCCAUCAAGUUCAGCAUUCCUCACAUUUGUUUUUUUGCUGUUGAUCCAAAAGAAGGCAAAAAAAACAGUUUGAAGCACAAUUUUGCAACAAGCUAGGGAAAAAAUUCCUUCUUGACCCCAGAAUGGCAGUCAGAUUUAUCAUUGGAUCAAGCAGUUAUUACCCUACAUUGAAAGAUUAUAUCCUUGAAUAUUCUGUUUUUGCAAGUAUGCAUCUAGUAGCUGUUUGAACAUCUGUAUGGACUCUGAUAAAACCACUUUUUCAGGCAGAGAAUUCCACAUCCUUAUUGUUCUUACAGUAAAAAAAAACCUUUUCUUUGCCUUAGACAAAUCUUAGAUUGCUUAGUCUAGCUACAGCCCAGCCAAUCCAUUUAGCUUUCAGUAAUUCAAACUACAAAUCACUCCAGUCCUGCGGUAAAUAUCUUUUUUUAGUUCAACUUUUAUUUAAGGUUUUUUAUAGUGUCAUAUGACAACACAAGUUGGUAAGUAAGAAAACUUUCGUCCAUGUUCUCACAUAUUUAGAAAAAGAGAAAAUAGUAGGCACAUUGUAGCAUUGUCUGUCUGAUUUUUUUUUUUUUUUUUACAUUUGUUCUGAUGCACAAAACCUUGUUAGCAGAAAGUGAGAAAUGUUUAUACCAAGUAUUACAAUGAGUAUCCUGCAUUUCUAAAUCCAUCACUGCUCUUGAAUAUGAGUAGGGUCAUUAAAAUGUCAGAUUACAUUGUCUAGAAAUUUAUAUUGGUAUCCCAAUUGGAAUUCAAUCAGGCUAACAAUAAAUCCUGGUCCAUUGGGUGCCCCUCUAGUUUCGAGAAGCAUUGUUACUGUUAGAACAAUAUAUACUUCACAUUGCAUUACAUGCAGACUUAUUAUCUAAUUAUGAGUGAAUGACAUAUAUUUUUGCCACCAAUCCAUCUAUCCACCCAUCCAUCCAUCUAUUGACCCAUCGAUCCAUCCAUCUAUCCACCUAUCCACCCAUCCACCCAUCCAUCCAUCCAUCUAUCCACCAUCCAUCUAUCCACCCAUUUAUCCACCCACCCAUCCAUCCACCCAUCCAUCCAUCUAUCGACCCAUCCAUCCAUUCAUCUAUCCACCCAUCCAUCCGUCUAUCCAUCCCUCCAUCCCUUCAUCCAUCCAUCCCUCCCUCCCUCCCUCCAUCCAUCCAUCCAUCUAUCCACCCAUCCAUCUAUCCACCCAUCCAUCCACCCACCCAUCCAUCUAUCCACCCAUCCAUCCAUCUAUCCACCUAUCCAUCCAUCUAUCCACCCAUCCAUCCAUCUAUUGACCCAUCGAUCCAUCCAUCUAUCCACCUAUCCACCCAUCCACCCAUCCAUCCAUCUAUCCACCAUCCAUCUAUCCACCCAUCCAUCCAUCUAUCGACCCAUCCAUCCAUCCAUCUAUCCACCCAUCCAUCCCUCCAUCCAUCCAUCCAUCUAUCCACCCAUCCAUCCAUCCACCCAUCCAUCCACCCACCCACCCAUCCAUCUAUCCACCCAUCCAUCCAUCUAUUCAUCCAUCUAUCCAUCCAUCCCUCCACCCAUCCAUCUAUCCAUCCAUCUAUCCACCCAUCCACCCACCCAUCCAUCCAUCUAUCCAUACAGUUAUUCACUCACCCACGCAUCCAUCCAGUUAUUCACUCCCCCACCCAUCCAUCCAUAUAUCCACCCAUCAAUAAGGAUAUUUGUUUCAUUAUUCUGCAAUUUUAGUUCAAUCCUACUGCAAAUGUUCAUGCUAAUGUUGUCGAGUUGGUAAAGUAAAUGACAGACAUUUUUGAAGGUGCUGUGUAGCUUUUUGAGUUAAGAAAACACAAGUGAUGGCCAGAAAUACAAAAGUAAGCCCAUAAACAUAUCAAAUGACAGAAGUAAAUGUAGGACUGAAAAACUGUUUCUUCUAAACAUGUGACAGCUCUCACAUGGUGAAGUUACAAUAUUACUUUUUUAAAUAGAAAUGAUCAUUUUUGAUGCUAUAUAUGAGUUACAAAUUGUUUUCCUAACAAUGCUGCGUUGCCCUGCAUUUAAUUUGACCAAAAAAACCACAAUCUUGUGAUCGGAAAUCUUUGGAUCUUCUCAAACACAAACUUCUGAAUCACGAGUUCUAAAGCCAUACAUCCCCCAAGGAAAGUGAUACACACUGUGAACCACAAAAAGGAAUUCACAAAACACUUGGGCCUUGAUUUAAUAUUGUUGGAUGACUAAACGUUUAAUAUUAUUUAAGAUCAUGAAAAAUAUUUUAAUUUUGUAAUAUUUUAAUAUAUAUUUAUAUUUUAUAUUUUGAUAUUUUCUCUAUUGUUGGAAAAGUUACCAAUUGAUUUAUCUACAGAAGUCACAAUUUAAGGCUAUGGGAUUUUUUGGUGGUUAAAUUUUAAAAAAAUUCUUACAAUAUUGAAUCAUUUACAAAGCAUAUUACAUCGAGGCCUUGGGCCUUAAUUUAAUAUUGUUGACUAAACUUUCCAAAUGAUUUAUUAUUUGUGGAUAAACUUUUAAAAUAAUUUAUUGUUAUGAAAAAAUAUUGUAAUUUUGUAAUAUAUUCAUAGUUUUUUAGAUAUUUUUAUAUAUAAUAUAUUUUUUAUAUAUUUUUUAUAUUACAUAUUUUAUAAAAAUAGUUGUAAAAGUUUAUUCAAAAUAUUAAAUAAUUUGGAAUGCUUAUCCAACAAUAAUUUAUUAAAGAAUUAAUUUGCAAACAUCUUGAAGUCUGGAAGAGUUUCAGAUACUUUGCCCAACAGGUCUUUAUACCUUUUGUGUACAACUUAUGAAACUUAGCUUGAGCCUUGAAAAGUGUUGAGUUACUUUGUAUCACAGCACUGCCGCUAACAUUUUAUUUAAGGUAGUAAUUACUUGUCCUUAAGAUUUGUUGGUAUUUGAACGAUUUUGCAGAGUUGCCCUUCAUGGACUUUGACCAAAAGACACAAUCUUGGCAUGGAUAACCUUUGUAUCUGUUCUUUCAUUUUUUUCGCACUAUCAUAAUCUUCUGAAUCACAAGUUCUAAAGCCAACACUGUGAACCACAUAAGGGAAUUCAAAAAAAUCUUUAUUUUGAUAAUUGGUUUUUGUAGUCUUUUCAAAACCAUGAAUAUGAGUCAGACUGAGCUUGCUGAAUGUCUUUUAUAAUUAUUAAGUAUUUGAGUAUGUUACAUGAAUGGUACAUGAACCAUAUAGCAUAUUUAAAUAUCAAUUCAAUCCAUGCAUCAAUAAUUUCAUGAAAUAUUCAAAUGGUUAGCGAAUAUGUUAAACAUGUUUUAAAUGAGCAAGAGUUAAUUAUAUCAGAAGCACCUGAACAAUUUUAAUUUGUUUUGGAAGACUGCAAACAUUAGCAAUAAAACCACACAGCUCUUACACAGCUCUGGAGAGUCAGUGAACUUUCCGAUAAGCUGUUAUCAGCUGGUACAACAUGCUGAGUUCACUUUCAGACUUUAAUUAAAGCACAAUAUGAUGCGCCUUUUAAAAACAAAACAAAUAAACUUUAUAUACUGCGAAAUUCAUAUUAGAAAACAUUAAUAUUAUGAAAUAAACACUACGGAUUUCUUUUCACACAUACUGCCAUUGCAGAGAAAUAAUUUAGCUUGUUUUUUUUUUUUUAUUUGUUUGAUAUUUGUCAAUAAAAAUAUUUCAGAGGUCAAUGACGCACAGUUCUCUUAUGCAUGAAACAGGUUUCUUCUACUUGGUGGAAGUAGCACGUUCGUCGAGGUGAGGACAUUGUUAUUGUGUAUUUAUGUUGUACCUUUUACUUAAUGUAUCUAGUGCUGCAGAGUGUACAUCUUAGAAAUAUUUUGUUUUCUUUAGAUUUUGACCAAAAUGAAGAGAAUGAGUGAGCAACAUAAAAAACAAAAUAACAACAACAGCUACCUUGACCGCAUGCCUCCAGAAAUUCUUUGUCAUCUAUUAAGCUAUCUUGAAUUGGAAGAUCUAGUUGCUAUUGGCAAAACGUGUAAAUUCUUCAAUCAAACAGUCCAAAACACAAACACUCUAUGGAAAAAACACUGUCUGGCUAUUGCUCACGUUUGUCAGAUGGAUAUCAAGAAUGAUCGAAGAGAUGGAUAUCCGUGGAAGGUGAAUAUUGCUUGUGUGCAUUCAUGAAAUUGGUGAAUGGUUUACAUCAGUGUUUCCCAACCCAGUCCUCAAGGCACACCUACCAGUCCAGGAUUUAGGGAUUACCCAGUUGUGUCUAAGGUGUUUUUACAAAGAAGAAAAAAAACACCUUAGACACAACCGGGUAAUCCCUAAAUCCUGGACUGGUAGGUGUGCCUUGAGGACUGGGUUGGGAAACACUGGUUUACAUUAUGUAGAUGAAAGAAUGACUUGCCUAGUGGAAGUCUAUGAUGAUUACAGGCCACCAGAGAUAGUGGUGUAGCGUGACUGGCAAAGAUCUCUUCUGGUUCACAGGUCAUGUGAGAGAGGUAGGAAUAUAUUUUUUGCUGAUCUACUCAUGUGAACUCACAAUUAACCAGUCACAGAGUUGUAAAACUUUAGAUUUACUAAAAGAGGUUUAAAACACAGUAAACACAAUUAUGGUUACAGGAUAAAACUAAAAGUAAAUGAAACAAAAGAUUAAAACUUAAAGUUUUUCACGUGCUUAACUCCUUGCCCUGUUAGUACAUCACUAAUUAAUACAUCAUUAAUACCACACACAACACGCCACAGCUUCUGCUAGAAUCCUCAUAAGUGACGUAGUCAGUCAGUAGAAGCUUUCAGACUGUCUCUGUCAUCCAAUUGCGUUGGCACCCUGCCAACCACCACGUAAGAUUAUUGGUAGCAUACAUGGUUUCAUACAUAAUUCUAUUUGAUAUUGCCACAGGUAACGUUGCAGAGAAAUUACCUGAAAAGUAAAGUGAAAAAAGAUUGGCUGGAUGGGGAAUACAGCAACAUACGCUCAUCUACAGAUCUUCCGAAGAGAAGCAUGCACCAGAUGCAUGCAGAGGAUUGGGGAGAAAUUCUUAAGGUUGAACUGGAGAGAUAAAGAAGAAUUGAAACAAAUGUCAUUUUUAUUGCACUUGUAUUUAUUUAAUUUAAGUGAAGGCCUUCUUCUCUUCUUCCCCUUUGUAUAUUUGUAAAGCGCUGCGGAAUAUAUUGAAGCUAUAUAAAUGCUAAGAAUUUAUUUAUUUGUUUCACUUUAUUUUAUUUGAAACAAAUAAAUAAAACAAAUUAUACUUCAUUUUAUAGCAUGGCAUUUUAACCGUAUCUCAUUAGUGUACACAUUUUCUGUUAUUGUCUUUGUGGUCUGUUCUCUUGCUACAAGUAAACAGUUUACUGUAAACUGCAUCUCUAACGAUAAUUUGCUGCUGAUGGUAACACUUUGAUCAAUUAAAUUGAGUUAGAACAUGACAACCACAAAGUGAAAAUUGUGCAUAAGGUGUUGAGACCAAAUAUAAUCACUUAAAGGGACACUAAGUACUAUAACCAUUUAACCUCGAAACCAUUUUCAAGCAGUUUAACACUAAAUAAGGGUCUCUGGCCACUCACAGCCCGGCCCCCACUGGAGGCGUGGCUAAGGAAGACAUUAUACACUUCCUUCUACCCAUACUAAUUCCAACCAACAAUAGCUACUGUGAUAGGCUGAAAGCAGCCAGCUGCCACUCUCAGCCAAUCACAGCUGCCCAUUGCCCAAGCUAAUGCUUCCUCAUUAUACCAUGCAGCACAGAGGGGAUGGACUCCUGGGGACUCUCUUUUAUCAUUAAAACAUCAACUCUUAGCUCUUCCCUGUUGAAAGUUUUUUUUUUUCACUAGUUAGUAAGAUUUGCAGGGAAAGAAGUACAAAAACAUUUUAAAAUGCUGCCUGCUAUGAGUUAACUGCUAAAAUUUUCAUUUUUUUUGUCUGUGUAUUCUAUACAGGUAUUUUUUUUUUUUUUUGUGGCAUAACAGCCGAUAGUAAAUCAGAAUUACAUGAUUUAUUGCUGCCGAUAGUAAAUGGCUUUAUAAGAGUAGCAAAAACAAAAAAAAGUUUUAAUGUUGAAACCUAAACAUUGUGCACCAAAAACACACAGACAAUGCAGCAGAAAAUGGAACGGAGCCCAAUAUUGGAUAUUACAUCUAUGGCAUCUGAAUAUAUCUUGUUUGUUAAUUGUAUACAGUUUUAUUGCAAAGUUCAAUAAUUUAUAUGGAAUAUCACAAUUGAUCAUACAUUGCCACCUUGUGGCUGCAUUUAUUCAAAGUCUAUAAAUGACUUGCCACAUACAGUUUUAUUCUAACUACCUGAUGUUAUUACUUUAUUAUUAUAUAAAAAAUAACACACACAUUUCUCUAGAAUGUAAGCUCAUUGGCCAGGGCCCUCCACCUCUCUUUUGCUGUGUGUCCAGUUGUCUGGUUACAAUUACAUGUCUGUUAGUCCACCCAUUGUACAGCGCUACAGAACCUGAUGGCGCUAUAUAUAUAUAUAAUAAAAUAAUAAUAAUAAUAAUUUGCACUCUUAAUUACUGCACGUUUAACUAUAAUCAUUGUUUCUGCAAUAAUGACAUGGCUGGGUUAAUCUGGGUCACUUCAUAGCGGAUGUAAAAUCUGUCAAGCAUUAUCCAAUUUUUUG